AUGCCUGCAAAUCGGGUUAAACGUUCUGUGGAAGAUGAAAGAGAAUUUCAAAGAUUAAAACGUAUGAGAAAUACUGUAACCCAAAGAGAGCGUAGACAAAAACUGGCAUUACAAUUAGAAUCUAAAAGAUUCAAUAUUCAAGUUGAAGAUAUCCAAGAGCAUUAUAUUGGAAAAAUGAAUAUUUUGUGUCAACAUUGCAGUGCAAAACAUUUCAAAGUAGAAGAAGUAAAUAAUAAGAAAACUUUCAAUGAUUGUUGUAGUCAUGGUGAAGUGAAUCUUGAACCAUUGCCUGAUCCACCACAUUUAAUAAAAGAUUUAUUUAAUCGUUCUCAUAAACUUUCAAAAAAUUUCCAUGAACGAAUACGAUCAUACAAUAAUGCUUUUGCUUUUGCAUCUUUCAAUGCGAACUUAAAUGAAGCAACUAACGUUUGGUCACAAUUAAACAAAGUUUCAUCUUUGAAUACGGAAAUUAUUAAUGCUAUAGGUAAUACUCUUCGUGAGAUUAAUUUGUUUGCAAAGUCAUAUCGAAUGAUGCAUGAAGAAUUACAGCAAACAAUUAAUGAUGGUCAUGAAGAACCAGAAAUGCAAUUAAUAUUCUCUAAUAAACCCGGUAUGGACGCACGACGAUAUAAUAUGCAAAAAAUAAAUGAAGUUGCAGCGAUUUUUACUACAACUGCUAAUGGAGAUAUUCCAGAGUCAUAUGUGACGAUACAUAAUAAAAAAACGAAAAAACUGAAGUUAAAUCAAAAAAAAAUUCGAGCUGAUAGUUACCAAGGAUUAAUUGAUCAUUUAAAAACUGCUGCAAAUGAAUCCAAAGUAAAUGUAGAAAAAAUGAAUGAUACAUUAAUAGAUGAAAAUGGAUACCCAACUUAUUGUCGUAGAAAUACAGGUACUUUUGAACGUGAAAAUGGAAAUAGUACUGAGCAAAAAUAA